GACUACGACCGGUCCAAACAUCUGCUGCCCUCUCCCCCGGUUGUGCAUACCGAUACACGGGAACCCGCCCCUCUCCCGAGAGCUUGUUUUGCGACUCAAUGGUACUGGUGCCUAGGCAGUCAAUGAGAAUAUAUAAAGCAGAGCCUGGUGCUGGUUGACGAGGAGGGAUUUGAAAUCAUGGAACGCCCAACAGAGGAGAGCACAGAUGGCUCUUCCAUCAAGCCCGUCUCUUCCCUUCGGAGUCAUUUCGAGAACAUGUUGAACUCAGGGAAAUCGCCCGCGCCCAGUCCUCUCAGACAAGCUUCGCCUAGCACGCCCGAUCGAUUAGGAAUAUCGGAGGAUAUGAGAAGGAAUGACGGGCGAAUUUCGCUAGAUAUACCACGAGACAAUAACGGACGAGCAGGAGCCCCCAAUCUAGCAGAAAUAAGUGGUACCGGAUCAUUAGCAGCUCGUGGACGAAGUGGACUGCGAACGCCGUGGAGCACACCGAAACCUCGACCCUCCUCAAUGGUCGCCUUUUCUCCCCCAAGGUCUCCCACAAGAUCACCUCCCCGGGUCAUGGUCCAAUCUCCAAAAUCUCCACCUCCCAAAUCUAUGGAGCCACAAAUACACUCUCCGCUGCCCUCCCGAGGCGUUGUCAAUACCGCUAUAGGCUCACCAGCAGCCCAAAUGUCCGCAAGCCCCCAAUCCAAUGGCGCAAAAACAUUCAAGAUCCCUAGCCGUACUGCGACCCCGAGCAUAGAGUCGAAACAAGCUCCAUUGCUUCAGUCAAGUACGGUGGCAGGGUCUCCUAUAGACCCCCGCAAAAGCGGAACCCUCCACAGUGUAGAGCGAGGCCCAACCGCAUCUGUGUCACCGAUCCCGCCACCCAUAAACCGAGCUGCCAAACCCAAAAUCCCCCAUAAGCCCAAUCCCUCCAUAGACCCGUCAUCAAAUCGAGCAACGCUUGCGCCGGAACCUAUAACAGACCGUCAAGAUGUUUCUCCUUUCAGUACACCGCCCAGUAGUAAUGAAGGCAGUGCCAAAGGCGAAAUAUCACCUACUGGUUUUCCCUUUCCAAAGAACCCGAAUUCCCAGCCAAUUGCGCCCGGAGAGCUUCGUCUCCCCCCACCAAGGCAUCAAUCACUGCAUGACAGAUCGCCGUCCUUAGACAACCGAAUCCUAUCUGCACCACCAAAGAAGAACUCGUCUCCCAGCCCGCCACACCAAGCGGGUGAUCACCCAGAUGACCGACCAGGAUUGCCACCACGAAGAGAAGACAGUAGUUUGCGCAGGAGUAUGAUUUUGAAUCGACCAGCUCCGGCGGAACCGCCUGUACGACACUCAAUCGAUAGUUAUCGAGCGCCGUCUUUCGCAAACGAAAGUAGGACGGCUAUGCUCCCUCCUCCUAGACGAUCACAACCUACCAUACCUGCUACUACACCUAUGGCAUCAAAACCAUUGCAGCCACCCAAACCGCCGCCACCCCGAAAUUCAGGCGAAAUGAAACGACCUUCACCAUCGCUACCUGCUCAAGCACCCAAUCCGACCCAACUUAAAGUAUCCAAUAAUUUCGAUUCCGAUGAAGCAGAAGCUCCGAUAGACAAGUCCGCUCCGGCGUUAACCGAUUAUCCCGACUCUUCACAAGCUAAUCGCAGGCCCCCGAUGUUCAAAAGUGGCCCACAAGAAAUCUAUACCAAGUACGACACAAAGCUGUUUGCUGUGUGCGGCGAGUAUAUUUGCACAACUGGCUAUGUCACCCGAGUCUGGAGUCUACUCAAUGGAGAAUUGUUAAUGAGUCUGAGCCAUGGCGAGACGGUCAAGGCUACAUCGGUCGCCUUCAGGCCAGCAAAAGACGUGGAGGAUGAAGGGAAACGGUUGUGGCUUGGCACGAAUACGGGGGAGAUGCUCGAAAUUGAUAUACCCACACAAAGUGUUGUAUACACAAAGUCGAAUGCGCAUCCCAGGACUGCAAUCAUCAAGAUCUAUCGAUAUGCAUCCGAGAUGUGGUCAUUAGAUGAAGAUGGCGUCGUGCACAUCUGGUCACCAGACGAGACUGGUUCUCCUACACUGACGCAAACCCCGAAUACUUUCAGAAUCCCUAGAGGCCACACCUUCUCUAUAAUCUCGGGGUCGCACCUAUGGGUCGCAUUCGGGAAAGACAUUCGGGUGUUCCAGCGCACUGACGAUGGAACUCUGUUCCAACCGGCGACCCAAGGCGCGCUAUCUCAGCACAAUGUUGGAGAGGUCACAUCAGGAGCCAUCUUGAGUAGUCAGCCCGAUAAGAUUUUCUUCGGCCACAGCGAUGGCAAGGUUUCUAUCUAUGCGAAAAAGGGCUUUGGUUGUGUGGGCGUCGUGAAUGUCAGUCUAUACAAAAUCAGCUCGCUUGUUGGAGUUGGCGAUCACCUAUGGGCUGGCUACAUCACUGGGAUGGUGUAUGUAUACGACACUAGCUGUACUCCAUGGAAAGUUCUCAAGGAUUGGAAGGCACAUGAAGGGGCAAUUGCCGGCAUUCUCGCAGAUAGGACAAGUAUCUGGAAACUGGACCGGCUACAAGUUGCUUCAUUAGGUCUCGACCACACGUUGCGCAUAUGGGAUGGUAUGCUGAAAGACGACUGGUUAGAACAACAACUGCAGCAGCACGACUCCGACUAUUGCGAUUUCCGCGAGGUUUCCGCAACUGUGAUGACGUGGAACGCAGGCGCAGUAAAACCGACUAGCCUACGUAACGGGGAGGAUCGAAAUUUCUACCGGGAUCUCUUGCUCCCAGACGACCCGGCGGAUAUCCUAGUCUUUGGCUUCCAGGAGCUCGUGGACCUAGAGGACAAGAAGAUCACAGCGAAGAGCAUCUUCAAAAAGCACAAGAAGAAGGACGCACAUGAUCAAGAUCACAUGAGCCAUCAAUACAGAGCAUGGCGCGACCAUCUCAUUCGUAUCAUUGAUGAAUAUCUCCCGUCCUACAAUUACACAUUAUUGCACACCGCUAACCUCAUCGGUCUGUUCACUUGUAUCUUUGUCAAGGGAUCGGAGCGGUCAAAGAUUCGCGAUGUAUCGGCAGCGCAAAUCAAGCUUGGUAUGGGUGGACGAUAUGGCAACAAGGGUGCCCUAGUGGUGCGCUUUAUGCUGGACGAUUCUUCCAUGUGCUUCAUAAACUGCCAUCUUGCAGCCGGCCAGACGCAAACGGUGCAUAGAAACAACGACAUCGCCUCUAUCAUGGAGUCAGAAGCAUUGCCGCGAAAUCGCUCCCCCUCCGACCGAGCAGCGUUCUUCGUAGGUGGCGGCGACGGAUCAAUGAUUUUGGACCAUGAGAUUUGCAUACUUAACGGCGACCUAAACUAUCGCAUUGACGCAAUGCCGCGCAACACGGUAAUUGACGCUGUCAAGCAAGGGAACUUGAACAAGCUGCUCGAUCGUGAUCAGCUGCUGCUGAGCAGAAAGCGCAACCCAGGAUUCCGAUUGAGGGCUUUCAACGAGGCACCCAUCAACUUCGCGCCAACAUAUAAGUACGAUGUCGGCACGGACAAUUACGACACGUCGGAGAAGAAGCGGUCUCCAGCUUGGUGUGACAGGCUCCUCUACCGUGGUUUGGGCAGGAUUAAACAAACUGAAUACCGACGGCACGAUGGGAUUCGAGUAUCAGAUCAUCGGCCUGUUUCCGGAAGGUUCAAGAUCCGCGUGAAGACAAUUAGCGCCAAGAGACACAGUCAAGCCAAGGAGAAGUACGAGGUCGAGUUUGAUGCAGUCAAGCGGAGGAUAGCUGGCGAUAUCAAACUCGACUAUCUCAUCAACGUCUUUGGCCUCAGUAAGAAGGAAGCGCAGAGACUACUUAAAGGUGCCUGAAGGGUAACGGUACGCACCGAAAAACAAGGAGGAUCUAUCGAAAUGGGCCUGGUCGCGAACGAAUGCUAGCACGCUAGGUCAUGAUUGUUAACGUUACUUUGGCAAUAUGUUUAUAUUGAGCGUUCUGUACGACAUCGGCAACCCGUAGCUGUGGCCGUGGUUUUGGUCUUUGUCGCUGUUGUUGUUGAUUUGGUCAUGGCGGGGACCUAGUGCGAAUGAGUAAAUGCACCAGUACUCGAUCCGAACCACGAAUCGAGAAGAUCCGCCUAAGAACGGACAAUGAGCAGUCCUUGUAAUCAGGCGAGCAAACGCCCUU